AUGGAAGCGCCCAGAACUUUGAAACAGCUUCAAUGCCUCAAUGGAAGGAUUGCAGCUCUGAAUAGAUUCGUUUCGAGGUCAACGGAUAAGUGCCUUCCUUUCUUCAAAGUCCUAAGAAAGAAGGGACCGUUCGAAUGGACGGCAGAGUGCGAACAAACACUGGAGCAGUUGAAAAACUAUCUUUGCUCGGCACCUCUGCUCGCCAAGCCAUUGCCAGGAGACAAGCUCCACUUGUACCUAGCAGUGUCCGACAGCGCUGUCAGCUCGACCGUAAUCAAGCAAGAGGGAGUACGCCAGAGUCCCAUUUAUUACACAAGCAAAGUCAUGAUCGAAGUCGAGACCAGAUAUCCUCAAAUGGAGAAAUUGGCUCUCGCCUUAGUCAGCUCGGCCCGAAGACUUAGGCCGUACUUCCAAGCACACACCGUUGUGGUGCUUACCAACUUGCCCCUGAAGAACAUCUUCCAUAAGCCAGAAACGUCAGGGCGCCUGAUGAAGUGGGCAAUGGAGUUGAGUGAAUACGACAUCCAGUUCGAACCUCGAACUGCACUGAAAAGGCAAGCAGUGGCAAUUUCAUCGCGGAGCUCACCCCACCACCUCAGUGGCGAGCGAUUUGAGUGUGCUCUGUGGUUCAAUUUUCGGACUUCAAACAAUGAGUCCGAAUAUGAAGCACUUUUAGCAGGCCUGCGCAUUGCCAAAGGACUGGGGGCCGUCCACAUCAAGGUCUUUAGUGACUCCCAGUUGGUCGUAAACCAGAUUAGGGAGGAGUAUCAAGCAAAAGACUCCCGGAUGGAAAAAUAUUUAACCAAAGUCAGAUCGCACCUCACCCAGUUCAAGACUUACGAGGUGAAUCAAGUGCCAAGAUUAGAAAACUCCAAUGCAGACGCCUUAGCCAAAUUGGCGUCAGCAUACGAGACCGACCUGGCCAGAUCGGUCCUAGUCGAGAUCUUGGACAAUCCUUCAAUCUUGGAGCCAGAUGUGAUGGAGAUUGACAUCCCAUCACCCUCGUGGAUAGAUCCAAUCGUGGAGUUCAUCAAAGGAAAUCUGCCGCAAGAUCUGAAGGAGCAAAAGAAGAUGGAGCGAAAAGCAGCCCGGUUCAUACUCCGAGAUGGAGCAUUGUACCGACGUAGCUUCUCCCUACCUCUGCUUAAGUGUGUAACUCCUGAAUAA